AUGGCAGAAGAGGGAAGGCGGGUUGGAGGGAUUUCUUCUGGCUUGGCUGUAUUAUUGAACGGUGAAGAUAGAAAGGAGAGUUCGUUGAAUACACGACUUGUUUCAUCUUGUGAUGAUUUUGGUAAUCAGCCUGUGGAGCGAGCUCUUGAAAACAUCUUUGGUCUCCCAAACAAAUCACUUGGUCCAUUGACUGGUCCAGUUGACACUAAACUAGUACGCUCUAUUAUAAAGAAUGAGUUUUCAAAGAGUCGUGUUGGUGAUUUGGUUGAUAAUAGAGAUGGGAUUAGUAUUAUUAAGGAUGGCUGUGAAUCUCAGGUGGUUGGGCUCGAAGAAAUGAGCAUCUGUGGUGAUAUCAGAAUCAUUAAACACCCUUUGCUUGUAGAAAGCUUAGCAAUGUUCAGUAGUGCUAGGUCCAAUGCUUGUGUUUGGAAAGGGAAAUGGAUGUAUGAGGUUCUAUUGGAAACUUCUGGUGUACAGCAGCUUGGAUGGGCAACACGUUCUUGCCCGUUUACUGAUCACAAGGGUGUAGGUGAUGCAGAUGAUUCAUAUGCAUUUGAUGGGAAAAGGGUUAGUAAGUGGAAUAAGGAUGCUGAGCCAUACGGUCAGCCAUGGGUUGUUGGUGAUGUCAUUGGAUGUUGCAUUGAUCUGGAUCAUGACGAGAUAUUGUUCUACAGAAAUGGCAUAUCCCAUGGAGUAGCCUUUCGGGGUAUCCGCAAGAUGGGACCUGGAUCUGGGUAUUACCCAGCAAUCUCUCUUUCUCAAGGUGAACGCUGUGAAUUAAAUUUUGGGGCUCGUCCCUUCAAGUACCCCAUUCAGGGGUUCCUUCCCCUUAAAGCUCCUCCUCCUGCAAAUCUUUUGGCUAUGCAGUUGCUUCAGUGCUUAUCAAGGCUGUCAGAUACGCAAGGAAUGGAGCGGGCUGAAAGUUCUUUAGUUGGUAAAUUGAGGAGAUUGAAGAGGUUUGUGUCACUUGAAGAAGUAUUUUAUCCUGUCUGUCAUGGGAUAUGUGAGGAAUUCUUCUCUGUACUUGGGGGAGAUUCUGGGAGCACCGAGUAUGUCGUAUGGGGUCCACUUCUUUCAUUCAUGAUGGAGGUCUUCAGAGUGCAAGCACCACAUGACUAUUCAGGUUUGGAUAGGUUUAUUGACGUAUUUCUAGAGUUUCAAGAAUCACGUCUGAUGUUUGAGCAUAUAAUCAAUGCCCUUUCAAGUGGCUGCAAAACGGCACCCUUGGUUUUGAUGGAAUGCCCAUACUCGGGAUCUUAUUCUUAUCUUGCAAUGGCAUGCCAUAUCUUACGACGGAAAGAAUUGAUGGUUCUCUGGUGGAAGUUGGCUGAUUUUGAACUAUUGUUUGAAGGUUUUCUAUCACAAAAGAGUCCAAACAAGCAGGACCUUCAGUGCAUGAUGCCUUCUGUUUGGUGGCCUAGUUCAGGGGAGGAUAUCUCCAAUGAUGGAAGAAGCAUGAUGCUGACAACUACAGCUUUAUCAGAAGCUAUCAAUAAGAUUGAGGAGAAGCAUAAGGACCUCUGUCUCUUGGUCAUGCAAUUUGUACCACCCACAACACCUGCUCAAUUACCUGGCUCAGUGUUUAGGGCAUUUUUACAAAAUCUUCUAUUGAAGAAUAGAGGAGCAGAUCGCAAUGUGCCACCUCCUGGAGUUUCAAGCAAUUCCAUUCUUGUUUCACUGUACACAGUUAUACUUCAUUUUUUAUCCGAAGGAUUUGCUAUGGGGGAUAUUUGUGGCUGGUUGAAGAGGUGUGAACCCAAUGGUCAUAAUGUUGGAUUUCUUCACAGAGGUGGGGAACAAAGUUUCCCUGUAGAUAUAUUUCUCAAAAAUGAUCCUCAUCGAACUGACAUUUCUAGACUUGGGGGAUCUUUUAGUCAUCUCUCAAAAUCUCAUCCUGUAUAUGAUAAAGAAGCAGAAGUAAUCCGGUGGGAGGAAGGUUGUGUGGAUGAUGAAGAAACAAGAGUAACACAUAAAACCUUACAGAAACCAUGUUGUUGUUCGAGUUAUGAUGUUGAAUUGUCAAAAAUGUCAAAGCAUCAAAUUAGAUACAGUGCUAAAGGUUCUCGUGUCCAUUGUAGUCCUAUUCCAGACAGGUCUGCUCAUGUUGCUGCAGAAUGCAGUGAAGGAAGUUUGAAUGAUGAGAUAGCCGACAAGCCUAGUACGAGUGAUCAAUCUGAAUCUGAUUUUGGUUACCGUCCAGUGCGGGAUAUUAGGAUUGUGCAAAGGGAGAGUGAUAUGUCUACAGCAACACUGAGAGAAGAAGAACUUCUAGAUACAAUGCUAUUUUUGUAUCACAUAGGUGUCGCACCAAACUUUAAGCAGGCGUCAUACUACAUGUCUCAUCAGGCACAGUCAAUAUCACUCCUGGAAGAAACCGAUAAACAAAUAAAAGAAUGUGUUUGUAGUGAGAAAUUAAGACGGCUGAAAGAAGCUCGUAAUGAUUAUCGUGAAGAAGUAAUUGAUUUUGUCAGACAUUGUGCAUGGUAUGAUGUCCAUCUUUGUAUGGUGCUGGUUGUUGUUACUGAACAACUUACCAGCAGUGUUUUCUGUUCAAUUAUAGAUGAAGCUAUUAGGGGUUAUAACAUCAGCUACAUGGUUCUGUUUUAUGUCAAGGUUGACAUCUCUUCAGAACGCUCUGCCUCUCUUUGGAAUUAUUACAGUUAUGCUUACACCCAUUGUUCACUUGGAAAUAUUCUUACAUCAGUUCUUGAAGUUGAGCAACUGCAUGUUGAUUGCUUCCAUGUGCUGCGCAAGAGUGACCCCCCAUUUGUACCCCCUGCAACAUUUAUUAAGCAAGGACUUGCCUCAUUUGUAACUUUUGUUGUUUCCCAUUUCAAUGAUCCGAGAAUAUUGAGUGCCGAUCUCAGGGAUCUUCUCCUCCAAUCUAUUUCAGUCCUGGUACAGUAUAAGGAGUAUUUGGCAGUUUUUGAGAGCAAUGAAGCAGCUACACAAAGAAUGCCAAAAGCAUUAUUAUCGGCAUUUGACAACAGAUCUUGGAUCCCAGUGACCAACAUUCUUUUGCGGUUGUGCAAGGGUUCUCGUUUUGGUUCUUCAAAGCAUGGGGAAUCAUCAUCGUCAUCAGUUGUUUUCCAGAACUUGUUGCGGGAAGCUUGCAUCAAUGAUGACGAAUUGUUCUCAGCAUUUCUGAAUCGACUAUUUAAUACACUCAGCUGGACGAUGACAGAGUUCUCUGUUUCCAUUCGGGAAAUGCAAGAAAAAUACCAGGUUUUGGAGUUUCAGCAAAGAAAAUGCUGUGUCAUAUUUGAUCUCUCAUGCAACCUUGCAAAGGUUUUGGAGUUCUGUACUCGUGAGAUCUCUCGAGCAUUCUUAUCUGGAGCUGAUACAAACCUUCGGAGGCUAACUGAAUUGAUAGUCUUUAUUCUUAAUCACAUUACUUCAGCUGCAGAUGCUGAGUUUUUUGAUCUCUCACUUAGACGACAUGGUCAAUCUCUGGAGAAAGUAAAUCGAGGCAUGAUAUUAGCACCUCUUGUAGGGAUCAUCUUGAAUUUGUUGGAUGCAAGUGCGGAGAUGGAAUGUGGAGAGCAGAAUGAUAUUGUGGGUGUUUUUGCUAGCAUGGACUGCCCUGAUACUGUGCACUGUGGAUUCCAGUAUCUCUUGGAGUACAACUGGGCUGGAUCCUCGCGAGGGGAUGCUUAUAGUGGAAAACUUAGGCAGCUUGAGAGUUUCUUGAACCUUCUUAUUAGCAGGAUUGAGUUGCAACAAAUUGAAAGGUUGGGAUAUGGGGAAGAAACAGACAUCAACGAUAAUACCUGCUGCAUUUGUUAUACUUGUGAAGCAGAUGCACAGUUUGCCCCUUGUUCGCACAGAUUGAUGUUGAAAACAGGGCUUAAGUUUUAUUCUCUUAAUACUUUUUUGGUUGGCCGGUCUUGUGGAUUGGUGUCCAAACGGGCUUUUGAAGUUUGA